AUGGUCCCCAACAUUCUGCCCAACUGGGUGAGAUUGGUACUGAGCAUACUGACCGCGGCCUCCUACCUCCCUCAACACCACCGGAUCCGGGAACAGGGCCACUGCGACGGCCUCUCACUGUACUACCUCCUCUUCAACUUGAUCAGCGCCACCGAGCAGUUCGCCAUCGGUCUAUUCCUCCAUGUCAACGACAACGGCUUCCCGCGCCCGGACGUCUUUGUCCACGACCCGGCCACGGCGGGCGACUGGUUCAACUUUGCUCAGCUCGCCGUCGUCUGGAUUUGUUCCCUGUCAUUAUUCCUCGACUCUCUCCGUCACGCAGCGGAAAGAGACUACAGGCGGGACCAUCGACGCGCCGUCUCGGCAAUCUACCUCGUCUUCCUCCUCAUCUCGCUCGUCCCCUUCACCCUGGACGCCCUCCAGCCUCCGACCCGUUCCGAGUCGCGCCGUUGGGCGGAGGAGAUCCUCCUCCUCGCCCACCACCUCCUCAUCCUGCCGCUCUCGACUAUCCUCACCAUCGCCGCCGCCGUCCCGCAAGCCCGCGCGAUACUGUUCACCCGUCCGGAGACGAGCGCGCUGAGCCUCCCCUGCCUCGCCGCGCAGGCCGUCGUCUUCGCGCUCGUCGCCAUCUCGUGGAUGGUCCGGGUCGAGUACCCGCCCUAUCUGCCGUCCUGGGGGGAGUGGUAUCGGUUGAUCGGCUGGCCGGUGGUCAACAACGGGCUUUUCGCGUCGGUCCAGGGGGUGCUGCUCCUGGUUGCUCUGCGCAGCGGCGCGGGAGACGGAGGAGGGUCCGUGACGGUCGAGAGAAGAGUGCUUCUUGGGUGA